GGAUUCUCUCCCUCCGAUGCUCCUCAUGUACCAGGUAUCGUUCACCCGACCAGGCAGACAUGUCUGCGUCCUCGCGCUUCUUGCCAGUUGUCGGACAGCGACACCGACAACCCUUCUCUUUCUCAAGUCGGGAGGGAAGCAAUCUGUCUUCCUCAGCGUGCAGGAGCGAGAAACAGCGAUCACCAUCACCACCAGCACGGGCUAUACCCGAAGAGAGGAGUUCCGAGCACGAGUUUUGGAAUGAUGGUGGGGAUCAAUCGAACAGCAACAGCGUUUCAAGAAAUUUUGCUCGUCCAUCAGAUCCCGUAGUCCCUCGUGCAACAGGAGCGCGGACCCAGGGCGUUCCUCUGGACCAAAAAAUAGCAGCUUCCACUGAACCAUCCGGGCGUGAUCUACAAUUGAUACAAGCUGGCCCUCAGCUCGUCCCUCUCACCGUCCUACCGGAUCGCUAUCGAUGUGCUUUCCGCUUUCCGCUGUUCAACAAGGUUCAAUCCAUCUGUUUCGAAAAUCUAUUCAAUGGCGAUGAUAAUGUAGUGGUGUCUGCGCCGACUGGAUCAGGCAAGACGACCUUGUUUGAGCUUGCUCUCAUCAGGAUGCUAGUGCAAAGCAGCGACGACAAGGCAGUGUACAUGGCACCGACGAAAGCUCUCUGCUCAGAACGUGCCCAAGACUGGCAGUCACGCUUCGAGCCCGUAGGUUGCCCCAUAGUGGAGCUGACGGGCGACAGCCGCUUUUCAGGACUGGAUGCAGCCUACAGAGCGAGGAUCAUCGUGACGACUCCAGAGAAGUGGGACAGUCUGACACGCAAUUGGGCAGCUCACAGAAAGUUACUCGAUAAGUUUCGCUUGUUCCUGAUCGAUGAGAUCCACACCCUGCAAGAGAAGACUAGAGGUGCUUGCCUGGAGAUCGUUGUCGCACGCAUGUGCACGUUCGGCAACAACGUACGGAUAGUAGCCGUGUCGGCCACCAUACCUAAUUCGGCAGACAUUGCGGAGUGGAUUGGCAGACGAUCGUCCCGGGAGUCCAGCAGCGAAAGAGCUCAUCGCUACUCGUCCGGACAUGCCGCACCCCUGGAGGCUGCCAAAUCGUUCUGUUUCGGAGAAGAGUACAGGCCUGUAGCACUUCAGCGGACUGUUCUGGGAUUCAAGUCUUCCGGUGAUGAAUGGACAUUCCAGAGCAUUCUCAACCAAAAGCUCUUCGAAGUUGUUCGGGUGCAUUCAAUGGGCAAGCCUACUCUCGUCUUCGUGCCUACCCGCAAAGCCACGAUGCAGGCUGCUGAAAAAGUCAAGGAGGGCUAUCUCAAGCACUCCGAAACCAGUCACACACCUUGGCGCAAGCCGUCUGAGAUGCCAAGCUAUUCCGAUGCCCGCCUUGGGGAGCUGGCCGCUCUCGGCAUUGCCUACCAUCACGCCGGUCUCACAUUGCAGGAUCGUAAGACGGUUGAAGCACAGUUCUUGAAAGGCAACAUCACCGCGCUAUGUUGUACUUCGACGCUAGCAGUGGGCGUAAAUCUCCCGGCGUUCUGCGUAAUAGUUCGAGGAACAAAACGCUACCAUGGCUCAUGGACGGAGCUUCCCGAGCUUGACUUGAUCCAGAUGAUGGGACGCGCUGGGCGUCCUCAAUACGACAAGGAAGGCAUUGCCGUCAUACUGACCGAAGAGUCAAAAGUAGACUAUUACAAGAACUUGGUUUCAGGACAGACCAAGAUCGAGAGCACUCUUCACGAAGAGCUUGUCGAGCACGUCAACUCCGAGAUUGGAUUACGUGUCGACUGCACCGUCGCCGACAUUGAGAGGUGGCUUCAAAGAACCUUUCUAUAUGUCAGGAUGCAAAAGAAUCCUUCAUACUACUGUCAACAAGGAGAAGAUGGCGGGAAGAGCCCACUGCAAGUCCUUCAAGGCGUCUGCGCUGCAGCUUUGUCUGAACUUGCCACUCAUGAGCUUGUCACAACCAGCGACAGAGGCGCACUCAGCUCCACUGACUUUGGCGAGAUCCUGUCGAAGUAUUACAUCUCAUUCGACACUAUGCUUGAGCUGCUCCAACUCCAUCAAGCAAGCAUGAAGGACCUUCUCGCCUUUGUCUCACGAGCCAAGGAGUUCGCUGACAUCCGGAUCCGCCAAGGGGAGAGGGCUGCGUAUGUCGCCUUGAAGUCAAAUAGCGAAAUACGAUUUCCCCCUGACAAGAUCGGCGGAGUUGCAGACAAAGUCAAUUUGAUCAUUCAGGGGAUCCUGUCGGCGCUACCGUUGCAGCGAUUGCUCAAGACCGAGACCGCGCCAGUCAAUCCUGUUGGUGACAUUCUCAUUAUAUUCAGACAUUGCCCACAGAUAGUCAAGGCAGCCCUAGAUGCGGCUUUGUCUAAGAAGGACGUCACCACGCUGAACAGCGCCUUGGAUCUUCUCCGGUCGAUCAAUGGCAGGGCAUGGGACAACUCCUCAGCCACGCUGAGGCAGAUCGAAGGCAUCGGCGAGAAGAGCAUCAAGAUCUUUGCCACCUCGGGUAUCCUGUCCUACAAAGAUCUCGGUGCUUGCGAGCCAUAUCGCAUAGAACAUCUGCUCAAUCGUAAACCACCAUUCGGACACAAAGUCAUCUCGAUCGCCGCUGCACUGCCACAUCUGUCCCUGGACGUCAAGGAGGUCGUCAAGCCGUCGCGGAAGAGGAAGCACGACGACGGAGACAGUGGACAAAGUGUGGUCGUCACCGUGCAGGUGACGAUCGAGCUCCUCAAAGCCAAGAACGUUGUCCCUAAAACGAAGAGUCGAGAGGGCAUGCCGUUCUUCUGCACAGUGUUCGCGCAUACAUCUGACAACCAGGUGAUGCUUGACUACCGAAGGACUCCCCUGAGAACUCUCAGCGAAUCGAAGUCUUUCCAGAUCCAAUGCUGCUUGACAAGCGCAGAUCAAAGUAUUGUGAUCAAGGCUGCAUGCGAUGAGGUAGCUGGGUCAGCCGUUCGUAAAGAGCUCAAGCCUGAUGUAGAUCCUGCCUGGUUCCCACCGCCCGAGCCUCGAAGCACCGAGAGCCGCGAGCUACCUGCAGAGCUUCAAGGACUUGAGGAUUGCCACGAUCUCUUCAAAGACGAUUGGCAUUCCGAUGGGCAAUCGCAAAACAGCGCUGCUGGGAGUCAGCCAUUGACUGCGCCUGUUGACCCACUCUUGCAGUCUGAGAAACUCCACAAGAAGGUCAAGCCUAUGCGACAGACCAAGCUGCAAAGUGCAAUUCCUAUCGAGAUAGCAGAACAAGAGCCUCCUAGGCUGUCCAAUGGCAACUACCAAUGUAGGCAUCGCUGCAAGGCUUCCUGCCGACAUCUCUGUUGCCGUGAAGGCCUGCCCAACCCACCAGCGACUGACAAAAGUGGAAAACGAAAAGGCGCCAAAGACCGAGUAAAGGCAGAUGAGGAGAAUCGAUCGGUUUUGGAUCGCCUCGAGCAACUGGCUGGCGUGACAAGUUCGGAGAGUGACCCUCUCCGCGAUCCUGCUCGUUCAAAGAAGGGACUCGUCCUUCCCCGCAAGACUUUUCCGACAGGGUUGGAUCGUGACGAAGGAAACGGGUCCACUCCAUCCGGAGCGACUGACGGUCCCUCUAGAGUCAACCCAAGCGCGAAAUUCUCCCUCGAAACCUCUCUAGUCAAGCCUCAUGGUCGAGCUGAGUCUACAUCUGGAACGGGUAGCACGUCGAAGCGAGCGGCUCUAUGGGGUGACUUGCCCAUCAUGCCUGGUGUACCAAGUGACGACGGCAGCGACAUCAUGGACGAGGUGACAAAGCCAUCACCUUCACCACCCGCAGUGGCUCGUCUCAUUGCUAGCCUGGGACGAGGUGCUGAGCAGACUGAAGAUGGCAGCGAAGAAGAAUCUCCGCAAAAGCAAUCUUCGAAGCAUCUAAAGUCUGUUCGCAGACAGACCAGAGAGUCCGAAUGCGAGAAUGCGUGCCCGUCCGUGGACGCCUUCAUGAGCGUCGCAGAUCUGGAGAGUCAAGAGUCGGAGGACGAGCUGGAAGUUGGAUUUCCUCUGGAGAUGAUUGCGGAAGCAACAGAGCCUAUCAGCGCCGAGCGCGCUCUUGGAGCCAGAAGAGAUGAGGAAGCAAGCCAAGGAGGACAGUCGAGACUGAAGAAAUGCCCUACCGUCGUGGCCGAACGAGCUCAAGGAGAGUCUGUCCACCAGCAUGCUUCGGCACCUCAAGGUGCCCGCAGGCAGCAGCCCCUCUUCUUGCGUACAUCGCCUCUACGAACCAGCAGCCCCAGCGCAGACCCCGCCUUCAAAAAUCGGGACAUCGAUGCUCAUCUACAGUCCAUCCAAGAGCCAGAUUUCGCGGAGGAAGACCCUGAGGUCGAGGAUCACGAAAGCCUUCUGGAGGAUGAAGAACACCUGGAAGCCUGGCUUCUUGCGCAUACUCGAGAUGAAGAGUGAAGGAGGAGAGCGAGUAGCCAAAAGGUACCGCAGACACCCGAAGCGGGCGCUCUGAUGGUGUGACUGGUUCCCAUUAAUGUUCACCUACUUCACUUCUUCGUGCUCGCACUUGCUCCUCGAUUGGCAAAAUUCUUGCUGAGGAUCUCCCUCGCCUUGCGUUUCC